GAAAGCGACAACAGUCUUUACGGUCGAGCCGCCGUGACGAUUAAGUCUGUCAUGGUUGGCCGGGAGGAGGAUGGGCAUGAAUUCGCACUCUACGUUAUCGAGGUGCGUCGACAAGCAGGCGACCAGAUACCGGCGGUAACCUGGGCAGUCACAAGAAGAUAUAGCCAGUUCCACGAACUGCACAAGAGACUCAAGGCACGAUUCCCUUCAGUAAGAGAGCUGGAUUUCCCGCGCCGGCAGACUCUAUUCACGCUGCAAAAGGACUUUCUACAGAAACGACGGGUGACGUUGGAGAGAUACUUGAAGUCUCUGCUUCUUGUACCUGCCAUCUGCCGAAGCCGUGAACUGCGCGCGUUUCUUUCUCAAUCCGCCAUCGCCUCGAAUGGCAGCAAUGGCACGCAAGUCGAUGCGAAAGACUUUGUUACUCGAAUAUACAACUCCGUCUCCGAUGGUAUGGAAGAAUUCCUCGGCAACAUACCUGUGCUGGACCAGCUGUCUGUCGCUGGGCAGAACCUGAUCUCCGCAGCUACGUCUCAGAUCAGCGGCGGAGCGUCUGCCGAGAGCCUAGAUCCAGCAGCUCAGGAUCCCAGCACGGCGGCAGAGGCCGAAGCAGAACUCAACGCCUACGAGACCAAAGAAGUCGAGCCGUUCGUGAAGCCCAUUGCUGACCUCUUCCUGGAGACUUUCGAGCUGUCAAAGGGGAACAGCUGGCUCCGUGGACGGACCGUGGUCGUUGUGC